GGCACAAUAGUAUCCCCAGCCUGUCAGUCUGGCCGGCACACGUGUACGGUGAGGAUGCUUGUGUUUUCUCAAUGAAGUGAACUAGGUCUCCGACGGUUUUCUCAGAAGUUACAGAAGAAGAAGAAACUUCAGAAUUUUUUAUUUUUAUUUUAAUCGGAGGGGGACGCUAUCGAGCCGGACGUUUGCAGCGACCGACCCGACGACUUUACCCAUGGAUCCGUCAGCAAGUAGCUGUAUGAGAAGCGGCCACUCGGGUGCCCCGCUCUGGGGGUGCAUGCGAAACCCGCAGGGAGACCUGAACGCCGCGUCGCCCUUGCACCCUUACCAGCAAGUCUCUUUCUUCCAUCAGAAGCCGGACUAUGCGGGGUACCCCGAUUUCUCGGCGUCGUGCUUGGCGACGGCGCCCCACAGCUUCCCCCGGGAGGAGAGGCUGUACGCCGAGCAGCAUCACACCUUUCACCACUCGGACUGGCACUUUCCGGCCGCCGAAGUCCGGCGACGGCUCAACCCUGAAUUGGGCUUGAGUUCGGGGGAAAUGGAGAGCAGCAGCCCCAAUUUGGUGGACGGCUCAGGGUGCAUCAAUGAAGAAUACGGGGUGUCCGGCAAUACGUCUCAAGAAGCGGAGAAGAAGAGUCUAAAGCGGAAAAAAGACGCGGCAGAAAAUGGAGAGCCGGUCACCAAACCAGAAACAAACAGCAAAGCCAGAAAAGAACGAACAGCCUUCACCAAAGAGCAGCUGAGGGAGCUGGAAGCAGAAUUUGCGCAUCACAAUUACUUGACCCGGCUUCGAAGAUACGAAAUAGCUGUGAACCUCGACCUCACUGAAAGACAAGUUAAAGUUUGGUUCCAAAACCGAAGAAUGAAGUGGAAACGCGUCAAAGGCGGCCAACCGGUGUCUCCAAACGAUCAAGACGCAGAUGACUUGGACUCCACAGCGUCUCCAAGCUCGGAAUAGUCCGGUUCCAUCCCGCUCUGCGAACUUUCUUAUCUCAUCCUUUCAACAAGAGAUACAAUACAAGAUACAUUAGGAUUCAAUACUCCAUUCCUGCUCUUUUUGGUUUUUGAUCUCCAAACUUCGAUUAUACUAUUCUGCCAUUGACUUUUUUCCUCCCUUUCAGAUACAUUUAUCAGUCUUUUCACAUCUGUCGACAUCACGGCCCUCGUUUGCUAUCGGAGUUCUGUAUAAAUUGUAGUGGAAAAAAAAAAUAUUAUGGGGAAAUACAUUUCACUCUAUUUAUUAACGUUGUGCGCCAAACAUGCGCCAGAUUUUCCUUUUUUUUUUUUUUUUUUUUUUUUUUUUAGAAAGUCGUCACUUUCAGUGAUUUAUCGGAAAUGUGGGCGGCUUGACUUUUCCACAUUCCGAGAUGUUUAUUAGAAGAAUUUUUCCGCCCUGUUUGGGCAUUUUUUUUUCUCCCCCUGUGAUCUUUCACCUAUAAAAUAGAGAAAUCUCUUCAUCUUGCAUGUUCAUUGUGCCGAAAGUUCUGGACCUCUGAAAAACACGUUCAAGAAUUUGAGAGAAAAUCUGAAAAUGAAACAAAAAAUAAAUAAAAAUAAAUUAAUUAAUAAAUAAAUAAAAAUAAAUAAAAAACACGAUUCAUUGAUAAAUAAGGGCCAAUGGGAAGGAUACUGGAACGGAGAUAAUGCAUCCUCAGACUAUUCGAUGACGUCAUGGUGGAUUAUCAGAAGACUAUUCAAUGGAUUGACAAUCCCAAAAUCAUUACCAUUAUAAUAAAGCUCAGACAUCUUUGUAUAUGGAAAAUGUAUUUUGUAAUUGGUUUUGUAAUAAUAUUUUUUUUUACUACUUUUCCAUAAGGUUCCUAUAUCCUGAGGAAGAUAAAGGUGAAUUAAAAAUAAACUCCUAUCCUGCAGGCGUUCUGUAAAUUUCUUUGUAUUUUUUUAUGUACAAACGAAUAUUCAUCUCAUAUUUUUUUUUUAACUGUUCCGCUGAAUAAAAUGCCAAAAUAAUCCUUUUUUAUGUUUCACCCCGAGACA